CAGACAGACAAGAAGGGGACAGAGAGGGUGCUGCGUCGAGUCAGAACAACUCAGCAACUAUAAGAGAGACUCCACAGAAAAGGAAGGUCUGGAUAUAAGGGAUCAAACAGCCUAAAAGACAAGAGAAUCAGCAUGUAGGCACAGGGCACUGCGAGGAGGAACAGGACAGCAGAGAUCAGUGAAGCACAGACACAGAUACUCUGACUCAACAAAAUGGAUAACGGGAUAGACUCAAACAUUCCCUGGGAAGACUCACCCGGAUCCAAGGAAGAGAAGAUGAAAAAGAAACAAAAGCCAAAAAAGCAAGAAACCCCAAAUAAUGAAGAUUGCACUACCGAGACUGCCUCUUUAACAGUUCCUGUUAUGGAAUCACCUUCAAAUGUCAAGCCGUUCAACGCCUCUAAAUCAUCACCUCCAAAACACAGAUGCUUUCAAAACAGCAAGAGAUGGAGAGAAGAGUUAGACAAGGUUUUUAGGGCUGAUGAAACUCAAAUAACACGGGUUGGAUGCAUUUAUUACCUGAAUGAUCCAGAGUUCUGCAUCGCAAAGGGAAGCGAUGGCAUUGAAAUCUUCUUGGGUCUGAGAGAUGACGGCACUGAAGUUGCUAUUAAGAGAAUGUCUAAACUGAAUAACUUUCAAUUACUGAAGAAUGAAGAAAAAAUGAUGCGACUCCCAGGCUUCAAACAAUCAUACAUUGUACAAUACAAACAUGCUGUAGAGGAUGAGAACUUUCAGUAUCUUUGUCUUGAACUGUUCGAAUGCACCCUGGAGGAAUACAUCAAGGAUUGUCCAGAAGACAAGCUGUAUCGAAUCGUGAAAUUCAUCCUCAAAGCUGUGAAAGUGCUUCAUGAUCAAGAUCCUCCAAUUUUCCACUGGGAUCUCAGUCUGCAGAAUUUUUGGAUCCAUAAGACAGAUGAUGAUGAAUGGGUAGGACUGGCUGGUUUUGGCUUAUGUCGCUGGUCACCUGUUAAACAGACAACCUUGUACACAGGCCGUGCAGAAGCAAAAGACUGGAAGCCCAACAAGACUUCAUCAGGAGAAGUUAACAGACCAUACAACCAGAGCUCUGAUAUACAGCGUGUUGGGAUGCUGAUUGAUUAUAUCCUCUCCAGAGGACAACAUCCUCAUCAAUGUCAGAACGAUACUCAUGAGAGGAAGUACAGUUUGCGUCGUGCGCUGGCAAAGGAUCUCAGUGAGAAGAUGACUGACAAAAAACCAGAGAACAGACCUGGAGCGCAAGAAUGUUUGAACCAUCCCCUCUUCUGGCCCCGGACAAAGAAAGUAGAGUACUUGAGAAGGUUUGGAAACAGGAAGGAGGUGGAAAAGUUAAGAGACGCCUCCCUGGAAUUCAUUUCUUCACUGGAAGCACCUGCUGGGGUUGGAUCCUUCAAAGAGUGGAAAAAAAAGUUCGAGGAGAAAGGAGUGCCAAUCCAUUGGCUGGGUGAUGAGAAGGAGGAGGAGGAGAAGAACAAGAAGAAGAAGAGGGAGAGGGAGUACCCUGACAAUGUGUUGGGAUUACUGCGCUACAAUCGAAACUUCCAUGAGCACGGGCUAAAGUACCUUGAAAAAGUUGAUGUGAUCUUGGAGUUCCCUCUUCUCUUUGAAUGCGCUUACAAAUAUGCUGAAAGCCAAAGGUGGAAUUCAGAGUUACCCCUGGAAGAAAUGUUUACAACAGGAGAUGCCUUCUCUACCAGAGGUGUCGUGCCUCCAACUACCUCUGAGGACAAUCUCAGCGUCCCAGUUCAAGAAUUUCAGCAAGUUUUCACAAAGCCAAUUGCAAAAGACCAGCCACUGUGAGUUGCUGGCUCUCAUUGGCUGACCAGUUCUUGCCACUAACUCUGCAAGGACUGAACAAAAGAGCAUCCUGUGCCCUCCAGCCUGCAUGAGUCAGUGUCAGAGCCACACUCGUCUCAGCCUCAACCUCCAUCUACGGAAUCACCGACUCAACAGCAGCAAACCAAUGCUUCUCUUCCCCCAUGGACUUGGAAACAUACCGGACCUAUUAGUGAUUUUAAUCAGUGCAGGCUCUAGCUAGCAGGCUCUAGCUAGCCCUUCACGGUUUUUAAAUGCUAUGUUAAAUGCUGAAUGUGUUAAA